AGGAAAACUCGCCCAUCGCACCGGAAGAACAAACCUUCACAUCCGGGCUGAGAACCGCCGAGUGUGUUUAUGUUUUUGUGCAGAAGUUUUUAUUGUCUAUUAUUUUAAACUGUCCCAGACACAGUCACGAGGCUUCAGGUUAAAACCCGCCAGGCGGCCCAGUUCUUUAUACGCGACUCACUAAGCGACAAAACUGGCCCCUCCACUGCCUGUCACCAUGCCCGCCCUGCUGGAGAGACCCAAGCUGUCCAACGCGAUGGCCAGAGCCCUCCACAAGCACAUCAUGAGGGAGAGGGAGCGCAAGAGACAAGAGGAAGAAGAGGUGGACAAAAUGAUGGAGCAGAAGAUGAAGGAGGAGGAAGAAAGGAAGAGGACAAAAGAAAUAGAGGAGAGGAUGUCCCUGGAGGAAACCAAAGAACAGGUAAUGAAGAUGGGUGAGAAACUUCAGGGACUCCAAGAAGAGAAACAUCAGCUUUUCCUACAGCUCAAGAAAGUUCUCCAUGAAGAGGAAAAGAGACGCAGAAAGGAGCAGAGUGAUAUCACAACACUGACAUCAGCCAGCUACCAAACCAGUCUGCCCAUGCAUGCAGGGCAGCACCUCCUAAGCAUUCAAGGCGGUUCCGUCAGCCACAAUCGACCUGGUGCGCUGCUCGGAGAACGAAGCAAACAGCUGUUCCCAGCUUCUGUGAUUCCAACACGUCACUAUCAGACGGCGGGCUUCAGCUCGUCCUCAGCAGAGCACGGGCAGUUCAGUGGGAGCCAGGGGGUCCAUGAGCCCUACGGAGUGGCUCAGGCCCAGCAUCCAUCCACCUACGCCCCUGGACCAUCUGUCAGUUUUGCAAGCAGCUCUCAGAUCAGAGGUGCGUCUGCGUUUCAGGCCAUGCAGUAUCUCCCCCAUCAGCAGACUGGUUACCCCGUCCACAGUCACUUCACCUCUCAGCCUGGAUACAUCCCCGGAGCAGGGAUACCUCUUCAGAAGCAGCUGGAACAUGCCAACCAACAGUCGGGCUUCACUGAUGCUGGCACUCUGAGGCCGAUGCAUCCACCAACGAUGCAUCCUUCUGCUCCAGGGCUGCUGCCCACACCAUCAAUGACGGUGCAGAUUCCCACAGCAAAGGCCCAGUUCCAGAGCUCCCUCCAGAGCUCCCCCCAGAGCGCUCCUCGCCACGGCUUCCUCCCCCACAGCCAGAGCGGGCAGAGGUUCUACCACCACGGCAAGUAAACCUACAGCCACGUUCAACUACGCCAUCGCUCACAGCUGCCCUCUGGAUUCUGGAGAAACAUUUUGGACAAGUAAUGAAUCUUCAACAGAACUCAUUAGGUUGGAUCACACCAGAAGAUUUGUGUUUUAUUUCAUGUAUAGAAUCUGGUUUUAAGUUGUGUUUUGACAUGUGCUUUUAUUUUUUUUUUUACAUAAUGUUAAAUGCUGUUAAUUUGUAAAAUAGCGUAUUAUUACACCUACACUGUAAUGCUACUCUGGAGGUGCUUCUGUGCAGUGAAAUGUUAAUAUCUGCAUGAACCAGAGCUUAUUCUCUGUGAACUAACAUCUUUCCGUGCAGGGCUGAGCUUCUCUGCAAAGACUUUGCUCGCUUAGAAGUCACAAAAACCUUCAACGACAUUAGUGGUGCCAUUUCUGCUCAGUCUCACAAACACUGAUGAACUGUACCGAUGCAGAAACACGUUGGAUUAACUGACACCUAAUUUAAAUUUCAAUCUGAUUUCUGGUUCAUCACAUUAACAGUUAUGGAGGAUUUGCUGUUUUCCUCUGCUGCGUAAAGCAAGUCAGUUCUGUUUUAAAGCUUUUAUGUUGC